CCGCCCACGCGCGAGAGAAAUUUUCGAGGCUGGGGCGAGGUAUAAGUCGUGAUAGCCUCCCACCGCGUCCCCAAGCUCAGAGCUUGUCCAGGAAAGGAACAUCUACCAAGGUAAUCAUCACCCGGCCAUCGUCUGUGAGGAGAACUCCACGAGACGGACAUUCGAAACUUGUCUUGUCGGCCAACCUUGCGUCCUGCGCGCCCUCCCCUAUCGUGCCUCGACCCUCUCGAAUCCGUCGACAUCGACCGCGACACCAUCACCGCCACCAUGCCUGACUUGAACGAAAAGGUCGCCUCGCUCUUUGGGUCCAAGACGACACCCGCGGAGGCACCGGCUGUGCCCGUGGCCAAGAACGAGGCCGCACCCAACCCCGACGAUGUCGAGGCGCUCUCCUCCCACACGGGCCUCGAGCGCACCCUCACGAGUCGCCAUCUGCAGUUCAUCGCCAUCGGCGGCACCGUCGGCACCGGUCUGUUCCUGGGCACGGGAGGCGCCCUGGGGUCUGCGGGGCCUGCCGCGCUCCUCAUCGCCUUUGCCUUUGUCGGUGCCGUGGUGUACUCGGUCAUGAUCUCCCUCAGCGAGAUGGCCACCUACGUGCCCGUGGCCGGCGCCUUCACCACCUACGCCACGCGCUUCGUCGAUCCCUCGCUGGGUCUCGCCAUGGGCUGGGUCUACUGGCUGAGCUGGUCGCUAACUUUUGCGCUCGAGCUCAACGCCGCCGGCCUCAUCAUCCAGUACUGGAACAAGAGCCUCAGCGUCGCCAUCUUCAUCGCCAUCUUCUGGGCCAUCUUCACCGUCAUCAACUUCCUGCCCGCCAAGAUCUUUGCCGAGAUUGAAAUGUACCUCGCCAGCAUCAAGGUCAUCACCAUUGUGGGCUUUGUCAUCCUCUCCAUCUGCAUCAACGCCGGCGUCGGCGACCAGGGCUACCUUGGCUUCAAGUACUGGCACAGCCCCGGCGCCUUCAAGCCGGACGACAUUAUUGUCGACUCCAAGCCGGCGCUUGGCAAGUUUGUGUCCUUCUGGUCCGUCCUCGUCACGGCCGGCUUCAGUUUCCAGGGCACGGAGCUUGUGGGCAUCGCCGCUGGUGAGACGCUGGACCCCCGCAAGACGAUCCCCUCGGCCAUCCGCUGGACGUUCUGGGGCAUCUUUUGCCUGUUCAUCUCGACCGUCUUCUUCCUCGGCAUCAACAUCCCCUUCAACGAGCCGCAGCUCAUGAGCAACGCCCAGGACGCGUCCGCCUCGCCGCUCGUCAUCGUCGUCCGGCUCGCGGGCAUCCCCGUGCUGCCCGACAUCAUCAACGCCGUCCUGCUGACAGCCGUCCUGUCGGCCGCCAACUCCAACGUCUACUCGAGCAGCCGCAUCCUCGUGUCACUGGCCGACGGUGGGCACGCCCCCAAGUUCUUCAAGCGCACCAACAAGUGGGGCAUCCCCUACUACGCCGUCGGCGUCUGCUCGGCCGUCGGCCUGCUCGCCUUUAUGAACCUGGGCGCGGGCGGCGCCGUGGUCUUUGACUGGUUCCUUGCCAUUGUCACCGUGGCCGGCCUCAUCUGCUGGGCCCUGACCAACAUUGCCCACCUGCGCUUCAUGGAGGCCCUCAAGUACAAGGGCAUCUCGCGCGACGACCUGCCGUACAAGGCCCCCUUCCAGCCGUACUUUUCCUGGUUCGGCCUCUUCUUCAGCUCGCUCAUCGCCCUCACGAGCGGCUUCAAGGUGUUUAUCAAGUGGGAGACGAGUGCCUUCUUCACCAACUACAUCAGCAUCAUCAUCUUUGUCGUCCUCUACGGCGGGGCCAAGCUCUGGACGCGGUCCAAGGUGGUGCCUCUAGAGGAGGUGGAUCUGUCGCACAACGAGAAGUAGAGAGGGGGGUUUUGUCGUCGUGGAUGGCGAUUAUUGUUCGUAGCGUCAUGAUCAGUUCAAUUGAAGCGUUAUUGUACCAAGAGGCGAGUGACGGAAAUGUCCAGCCUUGUGCAUUUGAUCAAGAAAUCUCACGUGGCGAUCUUGUUGCAAGAUCCAGAGGCAGACUUGGCACGUCGCC